GUGUUGGCAUUAUCGAACCUGUUGAGUAGCCUAACACUAGGGACACCAUGGGGAGAAGCACGCAUCGUAAUAUUCACGACGAAAAACAAGGAUAUGAUUGACCCAACAUUGCUAAGUCGUAUGAGUAUGAAAAUUUACAUGGGACAUUGCUGUUUUGAGGGCUUCAAAGUGUUGGCGUCUACCUACUUGGGCCUCUCUCAUGUCGACAAUGAUGAGCCACACCGUCUCUAUCCAGACAUCAAGCGUUUGAUUGAUGGACAAGUUAUCACACCAGCUCAAGUCACGGUGGAGCUAAUGGAGAGCGAAGAUGUUGAUGUGGUACUCGAAGGUCUGGUGAGGACUUUGGAGAGUUUAACAUCAGAUAAGAUUGAUGAUGAUGAAGAUGAGGAAAAACAUUUGGCAUGUUUAAGAGACUUAUGAGCCAGUCAUAUAAACUUGAAGCGAGUCUUGCUAA